AUGCCAAUUAAAUCACUCGAGUCGUAUCUCUUUGAACGGAAAUUAGCAUACACCAGCUCACUUGAUAUAUUAUCCAAUGCAGUGAUCGGUAUUGAUACUGAAUACUACCUUAGUCGUAUCUACACCUACAAAAAAGAGCAAUUUUUAGCAGCAAUUGGAGGAAUACCCAGUUCAUUAAAAGAUUAUAUUCAAACUGAUUUACAAGUUUUCCAAGAGUUCAACAUAAAGCCAUUAUUUGUCAUUCCUGGGUUACCUAUUCAAUCACAAGUUGUCAAUUAUAGGCUGAAUGAAUUGUCACCGCAAGAACAACAUUUGGAUUUUACUUGGAAUAAAAUAAAUGCAGUUACUCAUACGCAAUAUCAUUAUGAAAAUUUUCGAUCAUAUGCUGAAAAUUUACCUUUGGAACCACUGAUUAAUGAUUUGAUCAAGAUAUUCAUUGAAUUGGGAAUUGAUUACUUGGUCACUCCUUAUAAUGCUUCGUUUCAAUUAUCAUAUUUAUACCAUGAAAAUCUUGUUGAUGCAUUGUAUGGAUCAACCGAUUUGUUACUCACCAAGAUUGACAAGUUUAUCCUAGCAAUGGAAUUUCCAACAAGAGAGUUUAGAUUUGUUGACAAGUUCAAAGUAUUGCAAGAGUUAGGGUUGAAUGAGCGUCAAUUUCAAGAUUUAAGUUUAAUGGUUGGAUGUACAAUUCAACCUAUAACGUUUCCAAUUUUCCCACCAACUCCUAAACCAGUCCCCAACUAUCCACAAUACAACAAUUUUAAAAUAGGGUUGGAUAUUGUUUAUCAGUAUAUGCAAUUUAGUGGUAACAAUUUGAACUUGUAUGGAUAUGUGUUGAGUCUCAAUGAUCCAAAAUUGGCUGAAUUGUACAUGAAGGGACAAACGGCAAUUAAGUAUGUGCCUGUUAUCAAUAAAGAAGGAUAUACUGAAUUGUACAAUGUUGAAAUGGGUAAAUUCAAUUACGAAAGAGAUGUUGAUUUUAACAUUGAAGAUGAUGUUGCAGCAACACCAACGUCAUCCGCAGGAACUCCAACUGGGGGCAACAACAAACCAAACAGUGGCCCAACUACAAAGACUGUUGCUAAAGUACCGGUAAACCUACAUGAUAUAAUAUCACAAAGGUUACCACCAGAGUUGUACUUUUAUCAAUCGAUUGGAUUAUUGCCUAUUAAAUUAUUAAAUUCAGUUACUGGUGGUCAAUACGAUGUUCGUCCACCAUUGGAAUUGGGAAAUAAUGACAACUACAAGAAAUUGAUCACAUCAAAAUUUUAUCUCAACAAUCUUGAUCAACAAUACAAUUUGAUAACUCAGUUGUUAGCAAGAUAUUAUCAAGUUAAAAAAAUUAAAGUCAAAUUUUGGUUUAGAAAUGAGAUUGAGUUGAAUAGUAGAAUGAUGCCAACUGUUAGCAAGCGUAUUGGGCAUUUGUUUGUCAAUAGACAGCUUGAGACUUUUGAUUUGAGGACAUUUUUUGCGCAAUCAUUAACGGGUGAAUACAAUAAAGAAAAAGAGCUUACUCACAGGGGUGAUAUAGUAUCAACUGUGGUAUUGAGAACCUUGUUCUUGUAUGGUAUUGUUGAUGAAAAAAAUCAAUUGACUUCUAUUGGUAAAAUACUUGAAAAAUUUACUCGUGAAAAUCCACAACUCAAGCAAGAUGAAGUGGAAUAUCUCGUGUUGAUCUUGUUACUUUUGAAAUCACAAACACUAAAAUUUAAUGAAGUCACGAAGGAGUUCCCUAGUGUCGCAAACCAAUACAAAGUAGUGAAUUCGACUUAUGAAUUAAACGCUGGUGAAAUCACCGCAAUUAACCUCAUUUCAAAAAUCAUGUCAUUGAAGAAAUUCAAUUCUUCACCAAUCAAUUACCAAGGCCCCGUUUCAAGAAACUUAUUAAACUUUAGAUCAUUUGUCGAAUUUAUCAAUUCAGCUUUACUUCAUACAAUUGAAUGCGUCUUGACUGAUUUAGUAGUAAGGCAAGUGCAAAACAAUAUAAAACUGACAUAUGAAAACAAAGACGAGUGGUUGAAGUUGAUUAAUCAAUUGCCAUUUUUCAAGAAUGUUAAUAAUACGUUGAUGGGAGUCAUGGCUGAAAUCUACUUUGAAGUAGCAUUGAAACAUCAGAAAACAGCGGGCACUUCCCCAUCCGAAGCAGCUACAUUUGCAACUAACUAUAUUACAGACCAUAUUUUCCAAGUUCAGAAUCCAUCUUACAAUAUCAAUGUUUAUGGAGUUAAUUCUGCCACUACGGAUCAAAUCAAAUCUGAUUUGAAAGAUGCUGUAACUUGGUGGAAAACGUUUGUCAGUUUUAGUAAAGUCAUCAAUGAGGUUGACAAAUCAUUAUGUGAUGAUUUAUUGUUCAAAGAUAUCAACAAUGCUGAUGCUUUUGUUAGUCAAUUUUCUUAA